UGCAAUCCGACAAUUGAGACGAAUUACGGGCAAUCUGUGCACCGAGGGGGACUAAUGAAUUUUUCUAUAACGUUCGCAGAUUUGAUAGAGAACGGUUCGUCGAAAUGAGGGCUGCUGUUCUCUGUGUCGUGGUUCUGGUGCUCGCGGGGCUAGUGGGGGAUGUGCAGGGCCGCCGGGGGCGCGCGAGGUCGAGGACCAAGUCGAAGGUGCAACUGGGGCUACCGAUCACGGGGAAAUAUAGGGACCCGGAGUCAGACCAGUACUACAAUAACAAUAACGGAGCUAAAAUUACGCUAGCGUCGCACUUCGAUUACGAGUACGUGUUGGGGCACAAAAUCGCGUUCGUGUGCGUGGCCAAGGGCAGACCGCGGCCCCACAUCACGUGGUACAAAGAUGGCAGCGAGAUCUUCACCCAUCUGUACCUCAACAUACACGAGUGGACUAUGGGAGAGGACGGGAUCAAGAGCAAGCUCGAAAUAGACCCGGCGACCCAAAUGGACGCCGGGAUUUACGAGUGUACGGCAGACAACAUGUAUUCUAUUGACCGUCGGUCUUUCAAGACCGAUUUCAGUAUUGUAUUUGAUUGAUUGUGUGAUAAAUAAAGUGCUAACCUCUU